UCUUCGCACAGUAAUAUAUUGGGAGCGCUUUGCCAUUGUUAUUCGCUCCACACGAUGCAGUUGCUUGAUCUUCCAGCAGAGCUUCUCCACGAGGUUUUGCUCUGCGCUGUGUACUCCCGAGGUGUCAAAAGGGCCCUUCGACUUAAGCUCGUCUGUAAAAUAUUCUAUGAUCACCUGCCGCGCGCCCUUUUUGAGUCGCUACUUCUCGAUGACUUCGUCAUUCCCUGCAGGUAUGGCUCGAGGAUACAGUUCAGUAACUACGAGAGAGACAAUGGUGCUUCCAAAUUCUGGUACGAAUAUCUAUUGUAUCGAGUUCGGAAAGCAGCAUCGCGUAGAGGUCCGGACUCGAUACACAACGGCUUUGUUGAGAUCCGCCAGGUAGCUGAGGAGUAUAGUCGUCAAGCUGGAAUAGACUUCCAGGAGACACUAGAGACAGUGUGUCAAAUGGCUCUGGGUUCCUGGAGAAGUUCUUGGGUUCCGUCUCAGCCAUACACUGUCAGAGGUAAAGUCAUUCGCCCGGAGAUCGAGGAUCCAGGCAACAAGCGCCGACUCUUGGCUGUAGCAGCUUGUUUUGGCAAUGCUCCCUUGGUCAAACAAUUGCUUUCCGAGGGCGUUAGUUCGACCGACACCGACCAAAUUCUCUAUUCAGCAUGUCAAGCUGCCGCGUGGAAAGAUCAGAGAAACAUCAUGCAGUUACUAUAUGUCCAAACACUGACAAAUCUUCAACUCCACGAGAAUUCAAGUGCUGGUAUACCAUUCAGGCAUACACACUACAAUGCAACAUUCAGCUUCGUAACGCAAGCCUCCUGCAAUUCAGAAAUGAAUGGUCUGCAAUUUGCCGCAUACCUCGUUUCCUGCAAGCCUGAAGCUGCUACAUCUGCAGUGGAAGACUUCACUCCCGAUAAACCCGGCGCUACAUAUCUCUUUCCGGUCGAUAACGCUUGCGACUCACUUGAUAUGUUCAAGUACAUGAUAAGUUUCAAAGAAAAGCCUCACGAGUUCAUCGUGCGUAGGCUAAGAAUCCACGCGUCUUGCGGAAACUUGGACAUCGCGCGAUAUAUUCUGGAGUCGGGAUAUGGAAACUGCGGCUCAGAUUGCAAGCACAGACCUGAUCUAGACAGAGCGCUUUAUUUAGCAGCCCGCCACUGCCACAGUGAUCUCGUAGAUCUGUUGCUUGAUCAUGAUGCGCAGCCCAACAUCAUAAUUCCAAUGUACCGAUCCUCCGCAAUGGGAGCUGCAGCAAUCGGUGGGGACAUGAGGAUCGUCCGCAAACUUCUUGAAUUCGGUGGCGUGGUCGACGAAGGCGUUCUGGAGAGAGCUGUUCGCAUAGAGCAUACCGCCAUGGUUGAAUUUUUCCUCGAAUUAGGUUCAAUCAGCGUGGAGGCUCGGUUGAAGAUACGAAAUCUCGCCGUCGAAGUCGGGCUUGAUUCUAUGGCGGAUUUGCUUAAGCCGAGCUACUAUAACUGGAAGAAGCCCUCAAAGCAUGAGUUUGAUGUCACGUCGAGCGUCGACAGUUUCAAUACUCUCGGUUUCUGCUCGGCAGAUACGCUGUCCGUAGCGUAG